UUACAUUAUUUUUGCGCUGCAUAUUUUGAGUCAGUGUUUAAUCAUACUCGUUUAAACGAGAACGUUCAUCUUGCAAAUCAUGUGCGGUUUUUCUUAUUUUGUAAUUCAUUUUUCUUCCGACAGAUACUACAUACUACACUACACUUGGAUCACCGUUUAUCGUAGCCUUUUUCGCUCUCCGUAUAACCUAUUAUUUUGACAUUAUGCGAUUUUGUGCAUUUUAUUACCUACAUGGAUAAUUAUCAAUCACUGUACAAACAGACAAUGACUAUUUUUUCUGUCUUGUCGAGAAGUUGUGCAGUUUUUCUUUUUUAUUGCAAUGUUUGAAGAAUUUUUGAAACAUAUUUUGAAUGCAACAAGUUAUUGUAAUGUUGACAAUAAAUAACGGUAAUUAUUACAUUUGAACUCUGUUUAAUAAACUGAGCAAACUAUAGUGAAAUUAACUAACCGGGCAUUUAAAACUCCAUGUGAAUAUUGUUUUUACCACUAAAUACAAGAAAAUAUCAUUAUAAAAAUGGAAAAUCGAUCAUUUACAAUUGAGAAUAACAUCAUAAAGGGUGAAAAGUUGCCUCCAUUACCAACUGACCUACGACUGAAUGAAGUAAUGUUGGAAAAAUUUAAAAACAAUUCAGAAUCGAUUGCUCAAAUCGAUACAAAGACAGGAGAAACUUGGACAUAUCAAGAAUUAAAAGAUUACUCCAUUCGCUGUGCGUUAUGGCUAAAAAAGGAGGGAAUUAAAGCAGGUGAUAUAAUAUCAAUCUGCUCUGAUAAUCACAUUAGAACUAUAGUCCCUCUAUGUGGAGGUUUCUUCAUCGGAGCAAAUAUCAAUCCUUGGUUUUGCAACUGGACGCCCGAAGUGGCUGUACAUUAUGUGAAUCUAACAAAACCGAAGAUCGUAUUCGCAAAUGAAAAUGCAGCAAAAAUGUUAAAAGAAGUUUUUCAACAAGAAAAUGUCAACACGAAAAUUGUCGUUUUUGGAAAAUUACCAGGCUUCGAAUCUUUUGAUGAUAUUAUUAAAGACUGGAGUGCUGAAGAGAUUGAUAACUUUCAGUGUUAUCCAGUAAGGCAUGAAGACAGUGCCUUAUUGGUAUUCUCUUCGGGAAGCAGUGGUUUGCCUAAAGGUAUACAACACUCGUAUCGUUCGCUACACUACAAUAUGUACAGAUUCAGCAAAGACUUUGGAAUUAGAAAGAAAUAUGUCGUAAUGGAGAUUACAUCAAUAUUCUGGAUGACGGGUAUUCUGACUUAUAUGUACAGUUUAUUGAAUGCCUACGAAUCAAUUAUCAUGAACAAUCCAACAUGUGACGAAAUUUGUGAAGCUAUCCAACAAUAUAAGGUUCAAUUUGUAUUCUUCAAAUCUGCAUAUCUAAACGAACUUAAUAAGUCAAAUUUACUAGAAAAAUAUGAUUUUUCUUCAGUGGAAAUUCUUGUAGCAGGAGGUUCUCAAGUCCUUGCUGAUAGUACAAAGAAAAUUAGUACCUUCUUAAAAAAUGGAGAAACAUUCCAAAGUUACGGUCUUACCGAAAUAGCAACAAUUGGCACUCUCCAAAAUAAGGGUCAUAAAAAUCAUAAUUCUUGUGGUGUAAUAUGUUAUGAUUUAGAAAUGAAAAUAGUUGAUGCGAAUACCAAACAAAUUCUAGGACCAAAUGAAAGAGGAGAAAUAUAUUUUAAGCAAGAGUGCAUUAUGGACAAAUAUUAUAACAACCCAGAAGCUACGGCAGAAGCUAUUGAUAAAGAUGGUUGGUUUCACACUGGGGACUUUGGAUAUUAUGAUAAAGACGGAAAUAUAUUUCUUGUUGAUCGAUUAAAAGAAGUGAUAAAGUAUAGGAGUGAAAGCAUUUAUCCUGCGGAAAUCGAAAAUCAUCUUCUGAAGCACCCAAACGUAUUUCAGGUUGCAGUGGUACCAGUUCCUCAUUCAAUAGAUGUUGAACAUCCAAUGGCAUUCAUUUCAACAGUAGAUAAUGUUAAAAUAUCAGAAGAGGAAAUUUUAAAAAUGGCCUCAGUUCUUGGUGAAGAGAGAAAACUACAUGGUGGAAUAAAAUUUUUAGACAAACUGCCAGAAACAGCAAAUGGAAAAAUUGACAGAGUGAAACUGAAGAAAAUGGCAAAAGUUUAUGCGCAUGAAUAAAAAAAAUCGGACAAGUGCGAAUUCUGGGACGAUUAACAUUCGUUUCUUGAAUGCGGAAUCGUAUAAAUACUAAAAAAAAUUAACUAUCGUAAAUUGCGUCACUAUGUUGUUAUGAUUCCCUCCCCUUAUUUUUUAAAAUUAGUUUUUAUAAUUCAUUUCAAUAAAUAAAUGAUUUUCUUAAUACAGGAAUAUGAAAAAAGUAUUGCAAAAAUUAUACGUUGAAAAAAUAUCUGAUAAAUUAAUCAAUUCAAAAAUUAAUCCCUGAAGAAAGAAGUAAAGAAAGAACUCAAACAGGGAUUAAAAUAUUUAAAACUAUAUUACAGAAAACGGACUCACCAGUCGUUGGGCGAUGGUUCCGGUAUCAUCGCACUUCCUGUAGAAAACAAUAAAAUUGAAUAUAAGUCAAUAUCCAGGAAUCACUUUUCACCAAAAAUGUCCUUCCAGUUUUUUUACAUUGUUGAAUUAACAAAAACGAACUGAAAAAUAAAACAAGUUUUAAAAA